UUCUUCUCCAAUUUAAAAGAGGGCCUCGUAAAUCUUGAUCUCAAUCGAUUUCGCACAAACCCUAGGAUUCGAUCACCAACCAGCCCUCUAAUUCAGGGCCAUUCAUUAUUUUCCUCAACAAAUUUUAUCUCCUUUUUGUCGCCCAUUGCAGCUCCACUCCGAGUUAAAAUUUGUGGAUUUUAUCAUUGUUGUUUCGUGUGAUUAAGGUAGGUAGGUAGUGAAUCUGGAUUUGGGAUCUAAGUGUUGUUCUUCAACUUUGUUUUCUCAGUCUUGGAAUUAUUGCUCAGUUCAGAAAAUUUGGCAGCAUUUUUUGUUGUACUUUUGUGCAUUGAUUUGCUAGAUUGGAAACAAUUCUGUUUGGGAUUUCAAUUGAACUGUAGUUGUAUAGCUUUACCUGAGAAUUUGUGCUGAGAAAUUUAGGCGAAUUCCGCAUUAUUUGAUGCUAAUUGGCAUGAUUGGGUUGUAGUUGAAGUUAAUUUGUGCUGGUGAAGUGAUAAAGAUUGAAUCUUUGAGCUCCAACUAGAGAUUUUCUCUUUUUGAGGUGUGAUUGGAGAUUCGAUUUGGAAGCAAUUGGAUGAGGGAAGGGGGGAGAUGAGAGGUGAAGUUUGGGGGUUGAGGAGAAAACAAUGACUACAGGGUCAUUGGGUCUGCGAUCUUCGGGAAGUUAUGGAUCGUUGCAGCAGAUUCAGAAUGCUGCAUUCUGUUUGCCAAUACAAAGUACGCCGCCCCUCUCAAGGAAGCCGCCUAAAAUGCUCAAGGAGAAGGACAGAUUCUUCCACUGGAUCUUUAAAUUCGCCCCCAGAAAGAAAAUUGGAAUGCUGCUACUGUGUUUCGUGUCCUUCGUUGUUUUCAUGUGGGUCUUGAUUGUUGGCAAAGGUGAUGAGGCCCGAGACAGCCUUCUUCCACGCAUAAAUAUCGAGUCUGCACCAACAUCCAAUGAUAAACUUAUUAUGAUUCGAAGUUCCGAUUCUCAAACUCUGGAAGUGCUGGGGAGUUUAAAUGCCACUCUGCCACCUCCGCCUCCACCACCUGUCUAUUUUACUGGGUAUGAACUCCCACCUGGGAAUCCAUGUGAACAUUUUGCGUUGCCUCCGCCUCCAGCCGAUAAGAAGAGGACCGGGCCACGUCCAUGCCCUGUAUGCUACCUACCUUUGAAAGACGCCAUUGCUCUGAUGCCAAAUGCAUCUUCUGUUUCUCCAGUAAUCAGGGAUUUGACAUACAUUCACGAAGAAAAUUUAACUAAAUCUGAAUUUGGAGGGUCAGAAUUUGGUGGCUAUCCUUCUCUGCGACAGAGGAGCGAUUCCUAUGAUAUAAGAGAGUCGAUGAACAUCCACUGUGGGUUUGUCAGAGGAGUGAAACUAGGUCGUGGGACAGGUUUUGACGUUGAUGAUUCUGACCUUCUAGAAAUGGAAAACUGUCGAGGAGUGGUAGUCGCAUCAGCAAUAUUUGGGGCAUUUGAUUUGAUACGGCAACCCAAGGAAAUCAGCGAAUAUACCAAAACGAAUGCCUGCUUUCACAUGUUUGUGGAUGAAGAGACAGCAGACUUUUUAAAGAAUUCCACUGAGCUAGGCAGUGACAAGAAAGUCGGGCUGUGGAGGAUUAUAGUUGUCCAUAACCUACCUUAUUCUGAUCCGAGACGCAAUGGAAAGAUUCCCAAACUUCUACUUCAUCGGCUUUUCCCUAACGCUCGGUACUCACUGUGGAUUGAUGCUAAACUCGAGCUGGUUGUGGAUCCCAUUCAAAUUCUAGAAAGAUUCUUGUGGAGGAAAAAUGCAAGCUUUGCGAUAUCAAGGCAUUAUAAGCGUUUUGAUGUGUUUCUUGAAGCAGAGGCUAAUAAAGCCGCAGGGAAAUACGAUAAUUCUUCUAUUGAUUUCCAGAUUGAGUUUUACAAAAAGGAGGGUUUGACGCCAUAUUCAUCUGCAAAAUUGCCCAUUACUAGUGAUGUUCCAGAGGGGUGUGUUAUUAUCAAGGAGCAUAUUCCGAUCACCAAUCUCUUCACCUGUCUAUGGUUUAACGAAGUGGACCGUUUCACUUCGAGGGACCAGAUAAGUUUUUCCACUGUGAGGGAUAAGAUAUCGUCAAAAACUAACUACACGAUCAAUAUGUUCUUGGACUGUGAAAGACGUAACUUUGUCGUCCAGGGUUACCACAGAGACGUGCUGGCGAGAUGGUCUCCACCUCCGCCUCCUGUGGAAAUCGCUCAUGUUUAUCCUCCGCCACCCAUUAUAACCAUCAAUCACAAUAACGGAACCUCGGCUGCUGGAGUUGUAGCUGAUGGCAUCGCAAGCAGUCAAACUAAGAAGGUCCCAACGAGGCAUGGGAGAGACAGACGAUCGAGGCGCCAUCGGAAAGUAGGCACCGGCAAUAGUAGAAAUGCCAACUCCAAUUCAAAUUUUGUCUAGACAUGAUUAUUAGAUUCAUUCGUCUCCUAUUUCAAGAUGUGCAAGAUAAGAAUCAUAGGUAUAUUUUUCCAUAUAAGUUUUAUUAUUUUUCUCCCUUUUCUCUAUGUGUUGUACAAUUCAUUCUUACAGAAUUUACACAUUUUGAUCCA